AGAUCCUUCAAGAAGCAUUUAGACGGAAUAUCUGAGUGCUGGAACCUUCUAGACAUUGUUCCAGCACCUUCUACUCCCUACCUUUCUCUCCUUCAAAUACAACCGCCUCUCCCAUUUUUGCUAACAGAAUUUGCAGAAUCCAUUCUCUACUCUUAAACAACAAUCUUCUCCCGCAAUCUCAAUGGCUUCCUCACUUGCACUCAAGCGAUUCCUCUCUUCCGGCCUUCUUUCAAGCUCUUUUCUUCGCCCCGUCGCCUCUUCCGCUUCCCGCUCUUUCAACACCAACGCCAUGCGCCAGUACGAUCAACACUCCGAUGACCGUAACGUUGAUGUUUAUCGUCACUCCUUCCCUCGCACUCGCCGCGAUGAUCUUCUUCUCUCAAAUGUGUUCGAUCCGUUUUCUCCCCCACGGAGCUUAAGUCAAGUCCUAAACAUGGUGGAUUUACUGACGGACAAUCCGGUCCUUUCUGCUGCUUCGCGACGCGGAUGGGAUGCGAGAGAGACAGAGGAUGCUCUGUUUCUCCGUUUGGAUAUGCCUGGACUCGGUAAAGAAGACGUGAAGAUCUCUGUGGAACAGAACACUCUUACCAUUAAAGGUGAAGAAGGUGCUAAAGAAAGCGAGGAAAAGGAGAAAAGUGGUCGUCGAUUCUCGAGCAGAAUUGAUUUACCUGAAAAGCUUUACAAGAUUGAUGUGAUUAAAGCUGAGAUGAAAAACGGCGUGCUCAAGGUUACUGUGCCUAAAAUGAAGGAAGAAGAAAGGAACAAUGUCAUUAACGUCAAGGUUGAUUAGAAUAGUAUCACAUUUUGCUUCUUUUUCUUUUGUACGAGCUCUUGAAUCUAGAUCUUGAUGGAUCUGGAUUUGAACACUUUAACUUUUUCUUGUAAGGAUUGUCAACUACGGUUAAUUACAUCUUGUUUUUUCUCUUUAAAAGAACUUAUGUUAAAUGACUUUCACAAUUAUUCUUGGAUAAA